AGAAGAAGAAGAAGAAAAAGAAGAAGUGACCUGUUUACAUCGGGUGAGUGGCGGUAAUGCGCUAGGUAGCUUGCAUCCGCCGCUAAACACUCAAAGAAGAAGAGCCUAACAAAACAUGGCUGGAAGGAAAACUGAGGAGGAGGUCCACAGCGUAAGCCGUUCAUCUGACCCACCAGGACCAGGAGAAGACUCCAGCUCUCAGAGUUCUGAUGCUCCUUAUCCGCAGGACCUCCGGAGUGUUCUGGUCACCAGUGUUUUAAAUCUCGAGGAGCUGGACGUUGACCUGUACAGGGGGACACACCACUGGGUUCCGCACACGCAGCGGUUGUUUGGAGGUCAGAUAAUGGGUCAGGCUCUUGUGGCUGCAGCCAAAUCUGUCAGCGACAACCUGUACGCCCAUUCCCUCCACUGCUACUUUGUCCGAGCAGGGGACCCGAAGGUUCCGGUGCUGUACCAGGUGGACCGCACAAGAGAUGGCCGCAGUUUCACUGUUCGCUCUGUGAAAGCCAUCCAGCACGGACAGCCCAUAUUAAUCUGCCAGGCGUCCUUCCAGGUGCUGCAGACGAGCCCCCUGCAGCACCAGUUCACCAUGCCAGUGGUCCCUCAGCCUGAAGACCUGCUAACCGCCGAGGAGCUCAUCCAGCGUUAUCUCAGUAAACCGGACUUGACGGAGAAUGCCAGAGAAGGUCUGAACAAACUGCUGGCUAACGAGGUCCCCAUUGAGAUCAAACCUGUCCGCCCAGCGCACUUUCACAGACUCGCUCCAGCAGAACCAAAGCGGCUCUUCUGGGCGCGGGCACGAGGAUAUAUCGGUGAAGGUACCAUGAAGCUCCACUGCUGCGUUGCUGCCUACGUCUCAGACUUUGCUCUGCUUGGCACCGUCCUGCUGCCGUACUCUGAAUACAAGGCCUACUUCACCGCCUCUCUGGACCACGCCAUGUGGUUCCACAGCACUUUCCGAAGUGAUGAGUGGAUGCUGUAUGAAUGUGAGAGUCCAUGGGCAGGGAGCAGUAGAGGCCUGGCACAAGGCCGGCUGUGGAGGAGAGAUGGAGUCCUGGCUGCUACGUGUUCCCAGGAGGGGGUCCUGAGAGUCAAACCCGUCACACACACCAGCAAACUUUAGCAACACCAGUUAUACCGAUUAUUAUUAUAACCGCCAUCUUUCAUUCUGCCAAUAACAUUUGACAAGAUUAACAAGACUAUUUAAUAAUGUCAUGAUCUGUAUGUCUUAAUGAAAGACUUAUAGUCUCACAUGUGAAAUUAUUAAUGAUCUCAGUUCCUGAUUAUGCUGGAAAGACUAACCAGUAGGGAUGUAAGAAAAUAUCGAUAUGGCAAUAUAUUGUGAUAUUUUUUCCAGCAAUAUUAUAUUGAUAUUCAAAAGCUGUGUAUCGGAAAUAUCGAUAUGGCAAUAUAUUGUGAUAUUUUUUCCAGCAAUAUUAUAUUGAUAUUCAAAAGCUGUGUAUCGGAAAUAUCUAUAUGGCAAUAUAUUGUGAUAUUUUUUCCAGCAAUAUUAUAUUGAUAUUCAAAAGCUGUGUAUCGGAAAUAUCGAUAUGGCAAUAUAUUGUGAUAUUUUUUCCUGUGAUUAUUACAUCGAUAUUCAAAAGCUGUGUAUCUAAAUCUUGAAAGAAUUUACAUGCAAACAUUUGUGUAUUUUUUUUUUCAUUUUGUGCAAUUCAAUCGCCACCCGCUAGUUGGCAGCAGUGUGCAAUGGGUUUUGUUUCCACCAUUGAAAUGUAAAUCCCUCCAUCAUGGUUCAGAUACCUCAUGUUAAACAUGUUACGUAUCAGUUUGGACUGUUUAUUGAACAUUCUUUCAAUAAAUUCAGUAAAAAAAAUUGUAACGUCUGACUGAAUGUAUCGCAAUAUAUCGUGAUAUAUCGUAUCAUCUCCCCUGUAUCGUGAUAUGUAUCGUAUCGACAGAAUUUCAAAAAUGCACAUCCCUGCUAUUUGGCCAUGGCUACAGAUGGGUUUGUCACAUGGCCAGUGUUGACUCUGCUAAUUGGAUGUUAUUAAAUGUAAAAUGGAAUGAAAAUCUAUUUAUACAAAUGUUUGCAUUUGGCAAAAACAAGUUCUAUAACUACAUUUUUAUUUGUAGAGAAUAUUUUUAAAAUGUUUAGGUUUCACUGGCUUAAAUCCCUAUAUUAUAACAACCUGCCCUCACAGCCCUCCAUUGUUUUGUUUUUGUUAGUAUUAAGUAAUAAUUAAGUUAACCUUUAUUCCACUUUCAUGGCUAAAACAGUUUUUCUACCAAAGAAUUGGAUAUUUUUUUAAACUUUGUUUACUGAAAAACUCAUUUUUGCUGUUUACAAAUGUUUACUUUCUAAAAUCCACCAGCAGAGAAAAGUAACCUAAUUUACAUGUUACUGCCCUCUCAGCAUUCCAUUGGAAUGGCUUGUUGUAACAACCCUGAAAAUCAACCAGUUACUGUGACUGAUGUUCCAGCCAGUUCUCGGGUCAUCACAUGUUCCACGACCAUCUUCCAAUCAGCUUAAUCUGCCUCUGUUCUUGUUCUUAUUUUAUCCCAUGUUUUUUACCACCAGAUUUAUUUCUAGUUGCUCUUUGCUGUUUGGCUACUUCGUCUAAUUUAUUUGUCAACCACUCACUCUUUAGUUCGCUUGCUGCAGGCAAGAAAAGUUUUAAAUCCUGUGCUUGUUAUUAUAGUUGUAAUUUUGGUUUAUAAAAGGCAAUAGUAUAUAUCUGCCCUCAAACAAUGCCGCAUGGUAGCUUAUGUACUGUAGUUUAUUCGGUCUGUUCAAGUAAAGUCAAACAAACUAACUGGACUUUUUUUUUCAUCGGGCCACACAAAUGGAGGCCCAUUUUUCUGGGGAGGACUAAGUCAAUCUGCCCUUUCAUCUCUUUCAUCCAAGCUACAGGGAGAUGUGCAAUGUAUGGAAAACAAUCUGAACAUGUUGGCUCCCAGCAGAGGGUCAUAUGGGCAAAAUCCGCAAAACAUAGGUGCCGCCUGCACCCUUUCUGUUUUCUUUCUUUUGCUCACAAUUUUUGCUUUUUAUAUAUAUAUAUAUAUAUAUAUAAUUUUUGAUCAUUUAUUUUUAUUUUUUUGAAGCGCCUUGUGAUUUUUAUUUUGAGAGGUGCUAUAAAAAUGUUUUGCUUAAAUUGUGCAUGAAAAUGUCAAACCUUUAUGUGAUAAAAAGCAGAAAAGUCUGUUUAUUGUCCAUCCUUUGUGAAAUUACAUCUGAUCCUGCUGCCUACUACUAAACAUAUGCAGUAGAGCUUAUUUUUUAAAUGAAAUCAAGACACCGCUGUCUUAUAUUACUUGUUUUUAAGGUUUUUAUACAUUUGUUUUGCCAUUCUGGUUGUUUUUGCUGUUAAUCUGCCGUUAGUUUUAAAAUAUAAUUUCCUGUGGUAUCUACAUAAUGAAUAAAGGUGACAAAGUAAGUUU